UAUGAUUAAAUUUCUAAGGAUGGCACCUAGAUUCAAUUACAUACCUAAAUUUCAUGUUGGAUAAAUUGGUCCUAUUGCACCAAGUCCUUAGAUCUAAUAAAAAAUGGACGCAUUAGAAUAAAACCAACCAUUCUUUGAUAGAUUGAUAUUUUUUGAUCCUGAUAUCAUGGCAUCAUUACCUGGUCCUUUAUAAGUAUUUGAUCCUGUUGUUGAUUUUGGAAGUGGAAUACUUACAUAUUUACAUGAUUGUCAUAUUCCUUGGGUAGGAGUUUUAAGUUUAACAUGUAUAAUUGCUAGAUCAACAUUAUUACCUCUAAUAUAUUUAUAAAUGAAAAGAACAACUAGAUUAGCAACUGUUAUUCCUGCAAUUGCCUAAAUGAAAAGAUUGAUUGAUAAAACUAAUUAUUCAAAAACAAAGAAAUUAAUCACUUUAACAAGACUCUCAUAUAAAAUUGUACAUUCAUAAAGAUUAAAAUGGAUGAGACUCUUUUUAUAUAAUGUAUUCCAUAUACCAAUGCUUAUUACUUUAAUUUGGAGUAUUCGUAGAUUAUUAAUAGAUGAAUCCUUUAAAACAACUGCUUUUCUUUGGAUACCUGUACUUAUUUAUAAUUUUAUUUAAAUAGUCUCUCUCUAAUAUGGAUCCCUAUUUUAUUGUACCUUCUUUAACUGUAAUAUGUUAUUAUUACAAUCUUCAAAGAUUUAUUACCCCAGAAAAUAAAGAUACUAUACCAUCCAAAUUACGUAAUGUUGGUUAGUUUUUAUUAAUAUUAUGGUUACCAUUUUUGGCUAAUUGGCCAUGUGCAAUCUAAAUUUAUAUGUUGUUUAAUGCCUUUUUUUCUAUUAUAUAGACAUCUAUUAUGUUACAUCCUGAAUUUUAGAAGAUGGUUGAUCCAAAAAUAUUUCUUUAUUAAAUGAUUAUUAGAAUGAUUGAAUAUGAUAAAAAUACAAGUCUCUCUUUAAUAGAGGCUAUUAAAAGUGGAGAGGAAACUAAUAUAGAGAAAGCAAUAUCAGAAGAACAAUUACUUGAUUAGUUUUAAAAAUCUUUAAUUGAAUUAAAUGAAGGAGAAUUAUAAGAAGAUGCUGCUAAGAUUUCAAAAGAUAAACCAAAUUUUUAUUGA